CAGUGUCGGCGCGCGGGCCAGGGGCCAGUCUCCGUCAUGGCUCUGAGCGCAGAGGUAGUGACUGUGUUCGUGACUGCGCUCGUAGCGCACGUCGCGAGCGAAGUCGUCAUCUUCAAUUGUUGCCCGAACGGCACCAUAGUCACGGAAGACGGGAAUUGCCGCCCGUUCAGGAUACCCGCUUGGGCUCCGGCGGUGUAUUCUCCGACAGAGAAGACACUCUAUCCGCCGGGGACCAUCCCCGACGACUGGAGGAUGCAGGAAGACACGAUGCCCAGGUGUAAUCCAGGGGAGUCUCCCGUGUAUUUCGAGUCCGUGUUCGAUCUCUCCGAUCAGCCUCCGCCACCUACGUUCUUCAUCUUCGACAACGGCUCGCUCCAACUGACCGUAGCCCAUGUGGAUGUUUACCCCUCGGACCCGGGCCGGUACUGUGUCAACAUCGCGGGAUGUUUCGUGUGCAUGCCCACUGCCGAGGAUCCGAACCCGUUGCCGCGAGUGAAGAAGUGCUGUGGGCGCCGGGCAGUGUUCAGUGGCAAGGAGAAGUCUUGCAAAGUGCACUCGCAGAAUUUGAACAUCCCUAACGUGACUUUCAUCGAAGGGUUUCCGACCUGUCUCGAAUUUUCCAUCUCUGGCAAACUAGACGACACCCACCAUCUUUUACCGGACGGGACGCUCCGAUCGGGGGAAAAGAUAAUCACCGACUUCUGCAUCGAACAUCUGUUCGAGCACCCGAACGACGGUAUCAGUGUGUUCGACUGCCCCGAUGUCACAGUGUCCCCCAGGAACGACAUUCGCUUCACUCUGUACCCUAUCGGGUUCUUCAUCUCCGUGUUCUUCCUUGCCGUGACCCUCGUGGCAUCCUGCCUGCUGCCCUCCACCUAUCACGUCCUGCACUGGCGCUGCCAGACCAACCAUGUCGCUUGUCUUCUGGUCGGCGACCUCCUUCUGGGUAUCACGCAGAUCUCCGGGAAUGCCCUCAAUGGCCCGGCUUGCGUCGCCAUCGCUAUUUCGAUACACUUUAUGUUCCUGGCGGCCUUCUUCUGGCUCAAUACCAUGUGCUUCAACAUCUGGUGGACAUUCAGAGAUCUCAGACCCUCUAACUUGGAUAAGGGCCAGGAAGCCUGUCGACUCCGAUUCUACGAACUGUACGCCUGGGGUGGUCCCCUGGUUAUCGCCGGGAUUGCCGCUGUCUGCGACCACCUCCCAGAGGAAUCCUACCCCAACAUGAUCAAGCCAAGAUUUGGCGAGAAAAGAUGUUGGUUCUAUGGAGACACAGAAAUAUUCUCCUACUUCUUUGGUCCAGUCGCAGUCCUGCUGCUCUUGAAUCUUACAUUGUUUGCUGCUACAGCCCGGGAAUUGACGUGUGGGCUUUGGAAAACCGAAGUUGUCAAGUCGAACACAGAAAGGGCAACUCUGGGCCGAGUAUGUCUCAAACUGGUGGUCGUGAUGGGUGUGACCUGGGUGGCCGACGUGGUGUCCUGGGCGGUGGGUGGCCCCAACUACCUCUGGUACCUCACAGACCUUAUCAACGCUCUGCAGGGUGUCCUCAUCUUCGCCGUGGUCGGAUGUCAGCCACAAGUUUGGGCCGCAUUACGCAGACUCUGGUGUCUGCGAGAGUCGCCCUCCGAUGGACAUCCCCGUUCUUCAUCCUCCAAUGCCCUCCCUUCCUGCGGGGAACAGAACACCUCCACGACCAAGGGCAUGGAGACCCUCUGCUAGUUCCUCGCCUGUAUAUAUGUACAUGUGUUCGUAGCUUUAAUACAGUUCCCCGUCUCGUUUUACUCGUCAAUUAGACACUGUGAUUCUCGCGCCUGUGAUAACGCUUUUAUGUCUUGAAUCACUGACGGAACUGUUUCGCACUAGGCCUAUAUGUUUGUUGUUAUAUUUGGACUUACACACGAGGUGUAUCGACAAGUACAAAUGUUGUAAAGUUUUUACUAGAUAUUUACAGUACAUUGGGUAGUUUGCAAUGUAACAAACUCCAAGAUUUCUAUAUUUUAAUAGUUGGUUUAUUGGAAUAAUUUUUGACCAAGAAGAUAGAUGAUAUAGAAUGAUUUAUUGUAAACGAUUUUGUUUGUAUCCGAUAUGUAAAUAAGAAAAAAACAAUCUCAUAAGUGAUUUACUCUGCGUUAUAUCCAGUUGAAUCAAUGUAUAAAAAAUGAAUAAACAAGUUAAACAAGUGAAUUAGUUUUUUCUGAAGAAAGAUUGUUUUAUUAGUCUAUAUUGAAUUUUAACAUUACAAGUAGAACAAAAGUAUUCAGUAAAUUAAUUGUGUGUGCUUUAUAUACAUAUCUCGAAUUUCUGUUAAAUUUUUUUACUUAACGUGUACCAUAUAGUUGUGUAUAGUGAUGUUUAUUGUUUUUGCUCAAUGUUGUUUAAUUUAUUUCUCUAUAUAACAAGAACAAAGGGGCUGAAUUCUCAAAUACUCCUCAAACACUAUUGUUUAAUAUAAUUAAAACAGUUUGAGGAAAGGUUGCUUUGAGCAAUGUUUGAGAAUGAGGUCUACAAUUAAUUUUAUGUUAAUCUAUUAAUAAAACAUAAAGUUGUUAUUAAUAAAACAUAACUAGAAAUUAAAGAUAUCUAGAUUUGUAAUUAUAUAGAGUUUAACAAAAUGAUACUUUAUAAAAGUUUGUAAUUUUUUUUAAUUGAUACAUUUACGGCUUUUUACAAGGAGAAAAAUAUGUUACUUUUUAACUCUUGAUUGAAUAAUUAAUUUUGUAUCAAAUUCUGAAACCAUAGGUUUUAAGUUAAAAUUGUUCAUCAGCUAACAUAUUGUGGGAUAAGAUAUCUUUAUUCCCCAACAAAAUAAAAACUGUGGUUUCAUAAGGAAUUUGACCAAUUAAAAUUGACCAAGUCAUAAAAUUGAAAUGUUUAUAUGUUUACCCCAAUUGUUUAUUUUUAUAAAGUAAAUAAUUAAUUUACACUCAGAUAUGUUCUGGAUUUCAAUUUUGUUAGACAAAUUUAACCCCGUCAGGACAGAACCCAUAUCACACAAGGCUUCUCCGUGUUUUGUCAAUUCUUCUCAAAGAGAUUCUAUCUUGAAGGGGUUAACAUGUGGGUGUUUUAAAAACAGCCCUAUUUAAAUCUUUAAACCAGUACAGUUACUUUGUUUAUUGUAUGUUUUUCAUUCAGUAUUUCAAUGUAUUUAGUUAUGUAUAUAUAGUGAGUAGUCAAGUUGUAUGUGUAAGUAUUUUUUAAUUGUACGAGUAUUUCAGUUUUUUAAGCUUUAAUUUUAGUCUCCCUGUUGGUAAACCUUUUUUUAUAUCUAUUUCUAUGAAACCUGGAGUGGGUUUGCAGAGUUCAGAUCUGUAAUGUAAUUACUGAAGAGUAUAUAGAGUGAGAUAUUUUUAUUAAUUUGUGGGAAGAAAUAUUAAUUUUAACCAGUGCUGCUUCCGUUCAAUAAAAAAAAAAAAUUAUUUUAACUGAAUGAGAUAAUGAAUUAUUAGUGACAAAUUAUGUAAUGGUUUGAAUCCUAAAUCAAUUGCAUGAAAUAUGACUUUGUUUCGAAAAAUACUUCUAAAUUUCAAGAAGAAACAUAGUGAGUUGUAAUCAAACAUAAUCAAUUGACUGUAGGAAAACAUAUUUGGGAUGAGUGAAGAUCUGAACUAAGGAUGUUUGAAGGUUGACAUACCAAAUAUUUUGCAAUCCUUGCAUCAAACAAGACUGAUUCCAGCAGCUAACCAAAUAUCUACCACAAAGUUCUUCCUUUGAAAUAUGUUACCUUUUUAGUAACAUUACUCUUCAUCUAUGUAACAUUUUUACAUUCAUAAAAAUGAAUCAUAAGCUUCUGACUUUAAUCAACCGAUAAAGAAUUGUUUGUAAUAUUAAAAACCAGUAAAACGUUUUGUUUGAAUUCUUGAA